AUGCCUUUGACUAGAGAUUUACUACAUCCGUCCUUGGAAGAGGAAAAGAAAAACAAAAAGAAACAACUAUUUCAAAGUCCAAAUUCUUAUUUUUUGGAUGUAAAAUGUCCAAGCCGCUACAAGAUCACCACAGUUUUCAGCUACGCUCAGACAGUGGUUCUCUGUGUAAGUUGUUCGACAGUGUUGUGCCAGCUGACGGGAGGAAAGGCUAGACUCACGGAAGGGUGUUCAUUUAGAAGAAAGCAACACAGCUUCCUGAAUUUGUGUUGUAUCACAGAAAGCCUUAUCAGUUUGGUAAUUCUACUUAAUCUGCCAAGAUAA